AUGACUGAAGGAAGCGUGAGGAAUAGGAAUGGGGUAGGUAUUUUAGUAGAUGAUGAGCUUAUGAAGCAAGUGGUAGAGGUUAAGAGGGUCAAUAAUAGGAUGAUGUCAAUUAAGCUAGUUAUUGAAGGGUCUUCUUGGAAUAUUAUUAAUGCAUAUGCACCCCAUGUAGGCUUGGAUGAUGAAGAGAAGAAGAAAUUUUGGGAGGAUUUGGACGAGAUGGUGAGGAGUGUCCCUAGUAAUGAGAAACUUUUCAUAGGAAGGGAUUUUAACGGGCACAUAGGGUCUUCUUUGAAAGGUUAUGAUGAUAUGCAUGAAAGACAUAGGUUCGGUGUAAGGAAUGUAGAAGGAGUUACAUUUCUUGAUUUUGGUCGGGCAUUUGGAUUGGUAGUAGUUAAUUCGAACUUUCCCAUGAAGGAGGUUCACUUGGUUACCUUCUGUAGUUCGGUGGUCAAGACUCAGAUUGACUUAUUACUUCUUAGAAAAAGGGAUAGGGGUAUUUGUAAGGCUUGUAAGGUCUUACCGAGUGAGAGUCUUUCGACCCAGCAUAGGUUUUUGGUGAUGGACUUGAGGAUCAUAAAGGAGCGGAGAAAAAGAGGUAUGGCGGAUCAACUGAGGAUUAGAUGGGGAAGGUUGACUUUGGCUAGUGCACUAGAUAUAUGGGAUAAGUUGAUGGCGAGGAAGGCUUGGGAGAGUGGAGGGGAUAUAGAUAGUAUGUGGGACGAGACUGCCAACUGCAUCAGGGAGACAACUAGGGAGGUGUUAGGGGUAUUACAAUGUCUUUUGGGAAAGCACCAAGGGGACUGGUGGUAG